GCUGUCUAUUACGGUAAAGCAACAAACAGGAAGUGACGUCCCGCCGAGGCGGCGGCAGUUCGAUGUUUUGAAGAUGUCCGCGCGGAAAUGACAGAAAGUGGAGCUCAGCUGUUUGCUCGUCUGGAAGCUCGGCGCUGUCUGAAGGAUAUUGAACCUCGUCUGUUUCCUGAAGAUGGAGGACCUAACCACGGUGAGGUGGUGGAGCUGUACGGGGCGGAGGGAACAGGUAAGACUGAGAUGCUCUACCACCUGCUGUGUCGCUGCGUGUUGCCCGUGGUUAGUGGCGGUCUGGAAGUGGACGUUGUGUUUGUGGACACUGACUACAGCCUGGACAUGUUACGACUCGUCAGCAUCCUGGACAACAGACUGAAUUCAGCUCGCUCGCCCUCGGCCGGGUCAGACGAGGCGGCGUUGCGUUCGUGUCUGUCUCGUCUCCUGGUCGUCCACUGCUCCUCCUCCGCUCAGCUCCUCCUCACGCUCCACUUCCUGGAGACCACCUUGUCCUCCCGACCCGGCCUGGCCCUCCUCCUCAUCGACAGCAUCUCUGCCUUCUAUUGGCUGGACCGCAGUGAGGGCGGGGCCAGCUUCAGCAGGCAGGAAGAGAGGCUCAGCAAGUGUGCGGAGCUGCUGGGACGCCUGCUGAGGGAUUAUAGAAUCACCGUCUUCGCCACCUGCCACGCCAUCAGGAGGAGGAGCCACAGUGGACCGCCCUCCUCCUCUGAGAGCGACCGGCCCUUCCUCUGUCGCCCCUGGCAACGGCUGGUGACCCAUCGGCUGGUGUGCUCCUCCAGACAGGAAGCUCCAAACAACAACAACAUGGCUGCAGCAGCAGGAAGCAGCAAGGAGCAGAGGACACGGCAGGUCUUCACUGUCCGCACCGCCGCCUCCUACAACGCCGCCUCCUCCAACGCCGCCUCCUCCAACGCCGCCUCCUCCUCCUCCAACGCCGCCUCCUCCUCCUCCUCCUCCAGGACAAAGACCUACAGGAGCAGCUCGUUCUACGUGACAGACGGAGGAGUGGAGUUUAUCUGAUCUGAGAUGUUGUGGGUUUGAUUUCUGUGUAAAUGUUUUUCUACACUUCAUUAAAGGUCGUUGUGAUCCAG